GAACCUUCAACUUUCGAAAAAAUGAAAAUGGGUGCUAUGAUGGGCGGUACCGUUGGCUUAUGUAUUGGUUUCGUUUUCGGUGGUAUUAGCUUAAUGAGAUUUGGAUCCGGAAAUAAGAGCCCAAUAACAAUGUUGAGCCAAUAUAUGAUAGGCUCUGCCGCGUCGUUUGGCUUCUUUAUGUCUAUAGGAUCAGUUGUUCGCUCAGAAGCACAA